AGCUCAAACACACUUCAGGAUUUAAAAGGCCGGCGCUGUCAGCGGGGUCGGAUUCAGUCUUUUUAGCAGCGGACACUGUCAGCACCAUGGAUGUGAAGGAUCCUCAAGUUAAGGGAGGCGUGCUGAUCGUCCACCAGAUCCAUGAAGGGAAGCACCAGUAUGAAGUGGAAAAUGUGAUGAAGUACAAAAAAGGGAGUGGAGGAAAGGCAUUUGUCAGGAGAGGAGACAAACUGAUGCAGGUAAACGGCAUGGACCUGCAGGAUCUCACACCCGAGGAGUUGGCACAAACGUUGGCUAAAGAUACUCCGAUGCUGACGGUGCACAAGGCCGACAGGAAGAAGGAGCAGACUGACAUGUCCUUACCGUCUGAGGAUACUUUACAUCCCGUGUCCAAGGAAUCUACAAUAUUCAGUUUCAGCAUGGAGAUGAGGAGGGAGGAAGACUUGGAAGAGAAGGAGGACGGGGGUUUAGUGGAAGAUGGUUGUGGAGCUGAAAACCAGGAGUAUGGAGAGGGGGAGGAUCUGCUCAUAAUUUCCAUGAAGAAAACCAGCAUCUCUGUGGUGAGAGGGAGGGGCUGCGACUCUGGAAGCCCCUGUCAGGGAUGUCAUGGCACAGGGUGUACCUUUAAUGAUGUUGUCAUGGUGUCAGAAUCCAGCAAGGUCGUGCUUGUUUCAAGAGGGGGGGGAACUUUCCGACAGCUGAAGUCUUUGAAAACUCCCAUCGAACAUGUGCCCUCUCACCGUUACCUCAGGCGUCUCUGUUCGCAGAGACUCUUUGCUUCACCAAAUCCAGAGGAGAUGACCAUCUACCUCUACAAGUCGACCAGCCUCAUUGACAGAGGAAUGCCAGUGGUCCUAAACUUUAGCAAGUCCAACUGCUUCCUCAGGUGCUGCAAGGAAGGAGAGCGCGUCUUCUUACAAGUGGAGAUGUGCGAGAAGAAGAAGCUGAAGAAGAUCUCCAUGAAUGACGAGACUACUCUGUCCUUCCUCUUCUACAUGAGGGCCGACCACACGAGAAAGCGGAGGUUUGAGUCAGCGCUGCACGGCGGCUGGUUUAUUCAGAUCAACACCACCAACUCAGUGGAGAUGGCCACCAUGGAUGGAGGGAUGGAAGAAGAACAGUUCCUCUUUGUCAUCCAGACAAAUCAGUGAUGAAUAAUCACUUUCUUCUCAGAGUAUUCUCAGUUCUCAGACAAGUUUACUAUUUAAAAUUAAGAUUUUUAUUUGUGACUUUUUCAUAAACGACAGGGAAACAUGAGGGGAGCUCUUUUUGUCUGGUGACUAAUUGUCACUGUGUCAAAUUCUGCUAUUGCAGAAGUGUGUAGAUAUGCAUCAUACAACUACAUCUGAUAAAACGUGUUUUGUGUUUUGUGUAUGGGUUUUUUUACUUACGUUUUUAUAAAUAUGAAUAUUUUUUGUGAAGGGGCUGUAACUUUGUGAAAAAAUGUAUAUUGAGUAUCAAGAUGAAGUGAUAGUAACUUUAUUUGUUCAACACUUUAAAAUAUACAUCAUUGAGGGAUGAGCAACAUUUAAAAAAAAAUAUAUAAACUAUAAACAUGAGUCUAAUGUAUUAACAAAAUAAAAUGUGGGUUCAAUGGUAUAUGUACUGUAUAAUUAUGUGUAUAUACUGUAUACAAAUGAUAUUUGGAAAAUGCUUACUAUUUUAUAAUUUAUUAGCAACACAUUAAGAUGUACAACAUAAAUUAUUAUACUUUGAUAUUUGGAAUACACUGGUAAACCCUUGUAUUUUAUGCAUCUUACAACAAUAAAAGUGUUAAAACCCUAACCACCAAGUUUAGGAAGAUAAGAUA